AUGAUCUUCCUCACGCGCCUACAAGGCCGCUUCACUCGCUUGGACCCAAACAGCGCGACUGAGUUUGCCACAGCUUUGCGCACUGUCAAGCCAGGCCUCAUCUGCUGCGGAAUUGUCUCAACAUGGACUUGGUUGGCCACCCUACUUCAGUCUUCGGCGGCGACGUACUCGAGCGGCUUGAGCACGUGCGCCGCCAAGAUCAAGCAGAAUGCAAACGGCACCGUCACCUUCCCCGAGAUCGCUCGCGCAGGCUACGGCUGGCCUUGCCACCUCCUCUUCACCUCGUUCUUCCUCAUUUGCGCCCACAUCGUCACUGGCUCCCUCGUCCUGGGUGCUUCCGCGACGAUCAAUGCUCUGACCGGUGCAAACAUCAUCGCCACCAACUUCCUUCUUCCCCUCGGAAUGCCGCCCGCAGCCGUAACGAUCGUAGGCGACGGCGGCGUGAUCGCAAUUCUCCUCGUCGUCUUCAUGGCGGCAACCUUCGCCUGCUCUGCUGAGCUUAUCGCGGUCUCGUCACUUGUCACCCGCGACAUCAUCGAAGCGUACCGCCUGUUGUCAGGCCCUUCACAUCCACCUGCAAACAAAACCUACUGUCUCUACCGCGGUCCGCGGACCCUCUUUGACUUCCUCGACAGCACCGGCUGCUUUCCACAGCUGAGCACGCAAGCCAAGGUGGAGAAGAAGGAGAAGUAG